AUGACUCAUCUGGUGUUUGUGACAAGCAUUUUCCAAAACAUCAGCACAAAGAGAGUUUUAAAAAAAAAUAAAAAGUCAGGGCAGAGCGAUGGUGGAGCUGUUGCCUACUCCAUUGUGUCUAGAGCAGACCACAAGUUUGAAGUAGACAUCAGCACCGGUCUACUUACUACUGUGGACUACUUGGACUACGAGACCAAGACCUCCUACCACAUGAAUGUGUCAGCCACCGACCAGGCACCACCGUUUCACCAGGUCUUCUGCACAGUCUACGUCACCUUACUGAAUGAGCUGGAUGAGGCCGUGGCCUUCUUCUCUGCAGGCUACGAGGCUACUCUUCAGAAAAACAUCGCCACGGGGACGGAGGUGGUCCAGGUUCAGGUCAGGUCCCCUGACAACUUGAACCAGCUGACUUACCACUUUGACCCUGAUACAUCACCGGCAGCUUUAGCCCUCUUCAAGAUCGACAGCGUCACAGUCCGUGCCACCGACAAUGGCUCACCGACCAGACACACAGACCACUCACUCACCGUCAACAUCCUGGAUGUCAAUGAUAACGCGCCUGUUUUAGAAAGUCAGAGAGGAUACAACGUCAGCAUAAACGAGAACGUUGGAGGAGGUACCUCAGUCCUUCGAGUCAUCGCUACUGAUAGGGACAUAGGUCCGAAUGCCAUGCUGUUUUAUUACAUCACUGAUGGAAACCUGGACAUGACUUUCCGCAUGGACCGCAUGACUGGAGAGAUGGUGACUCGGCCUGCCCCUCCUGACCGAGAGCGACAGCAGGAGUAUCGCCUCAUCGUCGCUGUGGAAGAUGACGGCACGCCCCCUCUGUCGACCUCAACCACCGUCUACAUUCGAAUUGUGGAUGAGAACGACAACGCCCCAGAGUUUCCCGAAGAGGAGUAUGUCACAGUGCUGAGCGAGGGACCCGACACUGUGGGGGCCACCAUCGCCACGGUAACAGCCAUUGACCCAGAUGAAGGUCUGAAUGGGACCUUGCGGUAUGCAAUCAUCAAGGGCAACCUAAUCCAGACGUUCAACAUCAACAGCAUCACUGGGAGAAUAACUGCAGUGAAGGAGUUGGACUAUGAGAUCAGCAAAGGGCAUUAUGCAUUGGUUGUCACGGCUACUGACCAGUGUCCAAACCCUGCUCUUCGCCUGACAUCUAGCACAACAGUGUCGGUAAAAGUCUUGGACGUGAAUGAUGUGACGCCAACUUUCCCCAGAAGUUACGAGGGUCCAUUUGAGGUGAUGGAGGGCCAGCCAGGCCCCCGGGUGUUGACCCUCAGAGCAAUUGAUGAAGACUCCGGUCUCAACGGCAAAGUGGAGUACAGCAUCACUGGCGGAGAUAACCAGAGUUAGUAUCAGCUUGUUCUUUCUUUCUGUGUGUGCAUUUCUAUUUACCUCCGAGUUUUCUCUGUUUCACUGUCAGAUGAGUUCAUGAUUUCUCCUGUGGAGGGUGAGCUUCGGGUGAGGAAGGAUGUAGAGCUGGACAGAGAGACUAUAGCU